CUGGCUCUUUCUGUCAAAAGAGCAAAGCAGUUGAUUUCCUUAUAUACAAUGGUUCAAAAUCCAAACAUGACGCACUUGAAGAUAAGUGAACCAGUUGUGCUUCCUCCCCUCUGGAUAAGGUGUGACGGUUCCGAUCCUGAGCAUACUUGUUGGUUUGGAGCUGAGCCUCUCAAGGCCGGAAGCAAAAUCACAGGGAUCAAUUUUUAUAUGGUUACAUGUGAUGCUGAUAAAACCUGUUUUGCAAACCUGGAAGAGCUCAAAAUGGCACAUAAAGUGAAGCAUCGUUCAUCUGUGGUGAUGACAAAAGGAUUUGCUCAGUAUGAACUUAUUCGAGCUGCUGCAAUAGAGGACACAAUUGUAGAAUCUGAAAGCAAUAUAUAUGUUGAUAUUACAUGGAAUACAGUAGAUAAGAUUCUGGAGACACCCCCACUAGUUUCAGCUGCCACACUGAAUAUUGCCUUGGAGUCUGGAGACCCCAGAAGUCCUGUAUAUCAGCUAUAUAGAGAACUGCAGUUUCUCCUGGCUUUGGCUGAAGGUUUGAAGACCGGUGUGACGGAGUGGCCCGAGCCCUUAGGCUCUGAAUCAGCUGUGGAACUGGUCCAGGAGUUUCUGACUGGUAAUUGCUGCUUGCAUCCUUUUUUAAUUAAACUCUUUCAGAAAAUCAAAUGUGACACAACUGCAGUGGACAGCUCAAUAAAAUCCAUCUUCACUGAGCGAGGAGACCUGGAUUUUGCUGAACAAUUAUGGUGCAAAAUGAGAAGUAAGUGUAUUGUUUCCUAUCAGAAGUUGGUGAAGUGUUUCACACUGAUCAUAAAAUCCCUGGAACAUGGUGAAAUACAGCCGUGGAUUCAUCAGGGGAGCAGCAGUUUGCUAAGUAAAUUGAUUCAACAGUCUUAUCAUGGAAAGAUAGAGGUUGUUUCCCUCAGUGGCAUCACUCCCAUUCAAAUGCUCUUGGAGAUUGGUUUGGACAAGAUGAAGAAGGAUUAUGUCAGUUUUUUCAUAGGCCAGGAACUUGCAACAUUAACCUACUUGGAUUACUUCAUUUCCACAUCAGUAGAUCUACAAGAGCAAGUUCAUCGUGUUCAAAAGCUUCACCAUAUGCUGGAAAUAAUGGUCAGCUGUACAGUCUUACUUCAGUUUAAACAUGAGAACCUCUUCCCUUUAACACAAAUUUGCAUGAAGUAUUAUAAGGAAAACCCUCUAAAUGAGAAGCAUGUGUUCCAGCUGCCGAUCAGACCAGCUCUUGUCAAGAAGUUCUAUCAAAAUAAUCACCCAGAAAUAUGGAAGGUGGACAUAAGUAGUGGGCAUGGGCCAAAGGAGGUUAAAACAACAUGGCAAGUUAGUACUAACCCUCCAGUUGAACACAUAACAUCCAACAAUCCAGGUCUCCUCUCCGAUUCCACAGUUAAUGGAAGCGGUGAAGAAAGAACGUAUUUCAUUACAAUGGCUAAGUGCAGUCAGGUGCAUUUCACAUAAAUGCAUGUUACUCUGCAGGCAGGCACUUGAAAGGUACAGUAAAGGGGAAAGUUCAGUAUUAUCCGUGUCCCAACAGUAUAUUUAGAAACACUCUGAUUUGAAGAACAGUACAUCUUACCAAGUUAUUCGCUUUAGUAUGCUUGAAGCGUGACAUACACAGCCAUAAUUUGUCUGUACCCGUCUGUUUAUAAAUGUUGUGCAAUUAUGAAUGUACAGUAUAAUUAUUUUGAAAAUAUAGUAGAUAUUUUUGUUCAUAUAUUUACAAGCAUUCAAUAAAGUUCUGCACUUUGGGGUUU